GGGAAAGCGCGCGCGGGGAGGAGGGGAGAGAAGCGCAAAAGGCACCAGCCGAGCCCAGCGCAAGGCCUCCCUCCCAUUGGCUGCGAUUCCCUUUGUGCGCCAGGCAGCUGCGAGCCUCAGCUCUCUAUUUGAAUGUAUACAGGGCACUGGGAAGGGACCAUUUCCAUGGGCCAUCUGUCUUACUCUAGCCCGCAGCAGCAGCAGCAGCAGCAGCCUCUCCAGAAACAGCAGACGCCAGCACUGCCAAAACCAUCACCAUCGCCACCGAGGAGGAGAAGGAGGAGGACCCCCGCCGCCGCUGCCGCCACCACCACCAUCACCGAGGGAUAGUUCCAGCCCCAGGGGACCACAGCAGCUGGCCAGGAUGGUUUUGGUACACGUCGGCUAUCUUGUUCUUCCAGUGUUUGGCUCUGUGCGAAACAGAGGCGCUCCUUUUCAAAGGUCUCAGCAUCCUCAUGCUACCUCCUGCCGGAACUUCCACCUGGGCCCCCAGCCUCAGAUUUCCACAGACUUCCCCCUGCCUCACGCCGUCCAGCCUCACAUGGCAACCGCGCACCAGCACGGAGGCCCCCUGCACCCGCCCCUUCCGCCUCUGCCUGCCCUGCCAUUCCAGGAAGUGACGGGACCCUCUUUCCUACCUCAGGCCCUUCACCAGCAAUACCUCCUCCAGCAGCAGCUCCUCGAGGCCCAGCACCGCAGACUCAUGCCUCAUCCCAGGUCACCAUUAAGCUCUGUGCAGGCAACUGAUCCAGGGCGGACUCAGGAGCGUAUCUCUGUCCAACCUCAUCGGUUACAUCCAAGCUUCGAAUUUGGCCAUCAACUGCAGACUCCUCAACCCAUGGGCCCCCAGCCCAGAUAUUUAGCAGAAGGAACAGACUGGGAUCUCAGCGUCGAUGCUGGCCUAACUCACAACCAGUUCCAGGUCAGGCCAGUUCCACAGCAUUAUCAGCAUUACUUAGCGACACAACGAAUACAGCAUUUCCCCCGGAACACUUCCUCAACGCAGAUGGUUGUUCAUGAAAUUAGAAACUACCCUUAUCCUCAGCUUCAGCUACUUGCUCUUCAGGGACUGAAUCCAAACAGGCACACGUCUGCUGUGAGGGAAAGUUAUGAAGAGCUUUUGCAACUGGAAGACAGGCUGGGUAGUGUGAACAGGGGGGCCGUCCAGAACACCAUUGAACGGUUCACUUUCCCACACAAAUACAAGAAGAGGAGACCGCAGGAAAUCAAAGCAGUAAAGGAAGAUGGGGAGGAGUCGGACACCGAUGAGAAAUGCACCAUCUGUCUCUCGAUGCUCGAAGACGGAGAGGAUGUGAGGCGUUUACCUUGUAUGCAUCUGUUUCACCAAGUGUGUGUGGACCAGUGGCUCGCGACCAGCAAGAAAUGCCCCAUCUGCCGAGUGGACAUUGAAACACAGCUUGGGUCUGACAGCUGAGAGGAGAGCCAGCUCUGGGGAUGUGUCCUCUUUUCCUUUCCUUUUCUUGGUCCUUCCUGGGGCGUCAAAGCCCCUUUGCAGCAAAAGUUUUGCCUUUCUGAGCCAUUUGAUUUUGUGUGUGUGUGUGAAGAAAGCCUGCAAGCACAUUCGCAGAUUAUUUUAAAAUAAUAAUAAUUAAUUUUUAAAAAGAAGAAGAAGAGGAAGACGAAAAUGAGGAAGACAGAAAAGAUGAUGAUGAUGAAGAAGAAGAGUUGGUGGUUUAUAAUAUCUAGAGGUAGGAGGAGAUCCAUGCCACUUUGUUGACUGCGAAGCAUGGGAUGCGCAGCUAGAAAGCCGGCGGGAAGAGUUAGCUGUGGGAAAGGACGGUACAUAAUGUUCCUAGUUAUGGCCUCUCAAUCCUGCUUCUCAAAAGGAUUGUAUAUAAUAUACCUCUUGAAUAAGUAGAAACACAUUAGGGGUUCUUUAGCUAUUUCUAUGGAUGGCUUCCGGAGCAUGUGCGCUUAAAGAAAUGUCGUCUUUUGAUGCCCUGUCAUCUUGUGGUGGAUAUGUUGCUAUUAACCUAAUCUGCACCAAACAUCACAUUGGGGUUCUUGAUUUCGUUUCGUUUUUCCAUAAGGUUCCUUACUUUGGUGCCUGGCUGAAACAUUAUUGGGGAUGGGGAGGUGGGGGGACACAAUGACACAAGAGUAAAGUUCUUUUCUUGCCUGGGUGAAAACAGGGGGGGAGGAAUCCUGUUUAGCAGCAUUUGAGUCGGGAAAAGUUUGCGGUGAGGUAGGAAAUUAAAGAAAAUGAGGGAAAGUGGAAAUUGGAAGGAAAUUUGGGGUUGGGGGUUGGAGGAAAGAGCGGGAAACUGUCUUCCUGUUUAUCUGCUGGUGCUGGACAUGAUGCUCAGGGCACAAGCCCAGGAUGAAUUUUGCUUCCGUCUACCGGAUCUGAAUGAUGGGUCUCCCAAGGAAGGAUUAGAACAUCUCUCCACAAACCACAGGCUUAGCCUCUUUCUCCUUCAGAAAAAGACAUAUGAGGUGUUAUUAAUUUGACACUCUCCCUUUUGGAGCAAUGGGACCAUUUUCUGCCUCUUUUAAAAACAACAUGGCAGCCAUUUGAUUGUCAGUAGGCAGGGAGGUCCUGAAUUUGCUUGGGGGGGGGCAGUGACAAGGUGACUUUUAACCCUGGAGGGCUCUUUUUGGCUCUAUAUCUUGUGACUGGGAGGAGGAAGCGAUCUUCAUCUGGUCUUGUGCAUGAGUUGGAUAGGUGGUUUAAGCUCCUAGUUUUGCUAGUAGAAUACACUGUCUUUGGUAACUGGUCGGGGUGAGUCUGAAAGGCCACAGGAAACAGAUUCUGCCGUCUCUUGGCAACACAAUAAGCACAAGCCCUGCUCUCCAAAGCAUGGAGAACGGGGCCUAAAGACCACAUCUUGCCUGUUCUACCUUAAAUUCUUGCACAAAAACAACAUGGGAAGUUUCUCAUCAAAUCCCAUAGAACUCUUCCAGAAAUAAUCCCCCACCUCGCUCUCUCAGGAUCCCAGAAACUGAAGGAACGGCAGGGGCUGACUGAGCGAAAUCUUCCACUUUUCUUCCAGAUCUUUGCGCUGUCUACUCUGUGUGUGUGUGUGUGUGUGUGUGUGUGUGUGUGUGUGUGUGUGUUUAGAGAGGUUUUAGCACUCAAGACAAACCCUGCAAUGCUUAUUUUUCAAGUGGCUGACUCUUGGCUGUGUUCUUCCAAAAGAGCCUUAUGGCUGCAAAUUAAGUAAAAGGGGAGGGGAAAACUUCAGCCCAAAUUUACAUGGUGAAAGUCUUUUGAUACAUGGAAUAUUCUGAACACAAAACAACAUUUCAGGUUCAUGGGAAACAUUAGAAUGAUGCUCUGAUCUUGGGAGGCAAAUGUGUGCGCAUAUGUAGUUAUUAUGUCCUGAAACUGGUUUUCAGGCUGUCAACUGCGUAAUAUGCACGUAAUGUAGCUAAGUUGGGCAAUGUCUACUGAAGGAGUGUUCCACAUCCUUAGCAGAACGGGGAAUGAUAUGUGCAAUCUGCUGUUCAGGAAGAGGAAUGAGGGUCAGGACAAAUUCAGCCAUUCCCGAUCUCUUUUCCUCACCAAGCAGCUGACCAGUGGAAUGACAGCUUCCUUUACAAAACUUUCACCACACAGCAGAGAAGCCAACACUUAGGGGCCAUGGGGGCUAGGCUUCCACAAAGUUGAUGGGCAUUCCCAUUCAAAUGGUGUGCGUGCACCGCUUCAUGUGACCGAUUAUGCUGCAUGGGGCUGUCCUGGGCCCGCAAAGUAUUUUAUUCAAGUUGGCACCCCUGCCCCACAGCCCAACAUACUGCAAACAUUCGGCUGGUUUUUAACCUGUAUAUUUAAACUGGUCUCAAACUGGUCUAAAACAGAAGGCCAUGCCCCCCUGGUAAAAUUACUUUUGCGUGCUUGUUCAAUAUUCUUUGUAGGAGAGUCCUUGGCCCAUACACUCAUGACAGUGGUUCCUGGCGGCUCCUUGAGCGGUGACCAUCAUAGGUAUUUUAUGUCCUUCUAUUUUAGGCCUGAACCCAGGAUGGGCUGUAUAGCACAAAGCAUACAAAACAAGUGAAAACCAUAAAAACACACACAUUUCAAUAUUGUUGUUGGUGUUUAGUCGUUUAGUCGUGUCCGACUCUUCGUGACCCCAUGGACCAUAGCACGCCAGGCACUCCUGUCUUCUACUGCCUCCCACAGUUUGGUCAAACUCAUGUUCAUAGCUUCGAGAACAUUGUCCAACCAUCUCGUCCUCUGUCGUCUCCUUCUCCUUGUGCCCUCCAUCUUUCCCAACAUCAGGGUCUUUUCCAGGGAGUCUUCUCUUCUCAUGAGGUGGCCAAAGUAUUGGAGCCUCGGCUUCAGGAUCUGUCCUUCCAGUGAGCACUCGGGGCUGAUUUCCUUCAGAAUGGAUAGGUUUGAUCUUCUUGCAGUCUAUGGGACUCUCAAGAGUCUCCUCCAGCACCAUAAUUCAAAAGCAUCAAUUUCAAUAUAGUUUCUUUAUUAUUAUUUUUAAAAAUGCAAAAACAACAUUAUGAAAACUGGUCCUUUGAAUCAGGCGGCUUACUUGAGGGUUCAGAAGUGAGAGAGGCUGAUGGCCCAGUUCAUAAGCUCAUUUUUGUGUGCUAUUUUUACUACGUUGCAUUUUUCUCAUCCGCUGACCUUUACAGAUAAAGCUAGCUAUAGAGUGAUCUUUUCUUCCUGCCUGGCCAGAAGCAUCAGUGUUUUAAAAGGCUUGCUAGAUGCCCAAUUCAUUCAGGAUGAAAACAGCCCCCUGGACCAGUUUGCAAAAGUACAAAUAUAUUUAUAUGAAUGAAAUUAAUUUGAUACUCUCCCUUUUGGAGCAAUGGAACCAUUUUCUGCCUCUUUUAAAAACAACAUGGCAGCCAUUUGAUUGUCAGUAGGCAGGGAGGUCCUGAAUUUGCUUUUGGGGGGCAAAUAUAUGAAUAUAUAUAUAUAUGAAUGAAAUAUAUAUAUUAAUGAAACACCCCACCUCCAAAAAGAAAAAGAAAAAGCUUGGGAUGCUUUCUAACUGUGAGUGGGUGGAAACAGAGAGAUUGGAAUCCUGAGCAGCUUGCAAUGAUGAAUGAAUUGAUUAAGUUGUCUAAAACUCACAUGGUGAUUAAACCAAUUUUGCUUGGUGACAACCUAAAAACAACAAUGAUAAUCACGCCCUCCCCUGAAAAUGUAAAGUUCAGUUCAAGAGUACAAUUUUUGCAAUAAUAAAUAUUUCAAUCCCUUUGUCACAAGAGGCAGUGAUUUAAGCGAAGGCUCACCCUCUCUCAGUCUUUUGCCUGGCAGUCCUCUGGAGGAUCAAAAGAAACAAGCAUUAUCCCACUUGCCUUUAUACAUUUUUAAUACUCUGAGGCAACAAAGGAAAAAUAACAAGCUCCCCACACCCUGCACAUUUUUCUAUUACCAAAAGGACUUCAGUACAAGUGGGGGUCCCACAAAUGUUUGCAGAAAUAUUUGUUCUCAGUUCAGACCUUCUUGCCAUUUUGCCCCCAUCCCUUCGUAACAACCACACAUUGCCUCUUCUGUCUUCAGCUCCUAUGCGCUGGUGCCUUUUUUGACCAGUUUAUUCUAACUUAUUCUGUGACCUCACAGGAGCUCAGCCAAUGGCUAAGAAUGGCUUGCAGGUAACUGCCAAAUUGUGUUUAAUCCCUCAGGUUUUAUUGCUGGUAUUUGUUCCUGACAGGGUUGGGGUUUUUUUUUAAGGGUCUUGUAGAACUACUAUUUCCCAGCAAAACUUCACAUUCUCUCUUUUAUAUAUAUCGUUUUAUUAGCAUUCCUCCAACCCUCAGCCCAAAAUGCCAAGCAGGGACAAAGGAUGAAUGGAAAGUAUAAAUGUGAGCAUGGAAACUCUUCUCCAUCAUGGGUUCUUCCUCCUUUCCUUGGAAAGGCUGAGGCAGUGGGAUGUAAUAUUUGAGCACACUUUCUGUCUACCUUAGCUUCUUUCCCCAUUGGAACAAAUGAGGAAAUCUCUUGCAUUGGAUUCAGAGACAGUGAUUGGCUGACAUGAGUCCCCAAGCUCAUGGCUGCCCACUGCUGAGUUCCAGCCUCUUUACUACUUCUGUCUGGCCAUGCUAUUUAGAGAAGAAGCUCAUUGCAGUUGCCUAGCAAGACCCAGAAGUGCUCCCUCAACAGAACCCAGAGGGGAAGGAACUGAGGCAUAAACCAGCAGAGCAAGCCGGACUUGGACCCUGUUCCAGAGAGCCCAUUCAUUUGGUUCUACUAAUCUGGGAUUGACACCUGCAUCCAACCCAAGUUCUACUCCUGCUGAAAGGAGUAGAUCUGAGUUAGUCACGUCCAUUAAUGUAAAUGGAUCUGUUUUGAAUAGAACUGGCAUUGGGUUUUAGCCAAUGCUAGCCCUACUCAGAGCCGACCCAUUGAUGUUACUCGACAGGACUCACUUAGGAAGCUAAAUAGCUUAGUCGGUAGAGCGUAAGAAUCUUAAUCUCAGGGCUGUGGGUUCAAGCCCCACAUUGGGCAAAAAGGUUCCUGCAUUUCAGGGGGUUGAACUAGAUGACUCCAUAAUUAUAUUAUUCUAACAGGUCUUCUUCUCUGAGUAGAAUUUAGUUGCAUGCAGCCCAUAGUGUGCCACAAAACUUUGACCAAAAACAGCAUUGUCCGUUCUGGAAAACAGAGUUGAUCCCAAGAUGCGAGGAGUGAGAAUGCAUUGCAGGCUGUUGAACUAGAUGAGCCUUUGGGUCCCUUCUAUGAUUCUAUGAAUGGUUUUCUUAACCAAACACAUCUGCUGUAAUGAACAGGCUGUGUUCAGUGAUGCAACUCUGCCGGUUCCAGGAACUUCUGUGCACAAAACAAAACUAGAACCUCUCCCUUUGUGCCCUCAAAAACAGCUCUGGAGGAUUGGGGGACCCUCUGAAGCAUUUGCAGGGACACACAGGGAGAUGAGGAAAUGAAAUUCUUGUUGCGCAGAGGAACCCUGCUGGCAUGACAUUGGAUACAACCCUAUGAUUCCUCAUAUGUCACCGUCUUGUUUUGCUUUGAACAGAGGAAGAGAGAGCGCAGUGGCAAUGGGAGGAGGCAAGUUUGGAAAGAUUCACUUCACAUGAUCUUUCUUGUCUUCUGAGGGAAGAACAGGCAUCCAUUAAUUUUCUUUUGAAACAAUUAAAAGCCCUCUUUGCAAGGAAAAAAUCCAAGGGUCGCUUACUUUUGCUGGAAGGUGGCGCUAGAAAUCACUAGCCGCCUUCCAAUUUGCUUUGCUAAACUUUAGGGUUGAAGCCCAAAGUCAAGAAGAGUUGAGUGCCUUGGGACUUAAAAACAAACAAACAAACAAAUAGAAAACAUUGCCCAACAAUAUGGCUUGGGCUUACUUCCAGCAGCAGCAGAUUAUACUGUUAAUAGCAUUUAAUAAUCAUAGUAAUUAAUAAUAGCAAUCAAAAACAAGAGUGAUAUGGGAUAUUGGUAAUGGGACAGGGGUUUUGGUUGUGUCAAGUUCUAAGCAAAUGUACAGGGAAAAGUUGGCCAAACUUCAACCAAAGGGGCAGCUUGCAACAUGGGUUUCUUCCAGAGAUUCUUGACUUACAUAGAUGGGCAACCAACAGCUGUUUCCAUGACUGGCUAUGCUGGGAUUGAGCUUCAGAAUCUAUUUACAAGCUGAAAACUUUCAUCCUGAUUCUUUCCAAAAGAGUUGGCCUAUUUUCAUGUACAGGGUGCUUCCACUCAGAAAUGGCACCCACUGCUCCCUUUUUAAACUGCUAAGCACAGGAAGAAGAAUUGACCUCAGGGGACCCUAGUUCUUCAUUUGCGCUGUGCUAUCUGCAAUGAUCCUGGUUAAACUUGUUCCAGAAUGUAGCUGCUCCAGCAUCACUAUUUGGCUGGGUUGCCGCCUCCCAGGACAGAGGUCUUAUUAAGUGGUCUACCGAGAAGGAGAGCCGCCAUCUUUGUUCUUGUUUUCUUUUCUUCGUGGGACCCAUUGGUUUGAAAGUGGCAAGUGUUGAUUCCAAAUCCUCCUUGGAUUUCCUGUUCCUAAGGAAGAAGGCACCCACCACCCCAGUUGGGGGUCUCCCUUGCUCCUGCCUCUUAUGGGACAGCUAUGGAGACGUGCUAGCCCAUCUUAUUCUGGGGCCUACAAAACUUAUGGGACUUUAUUAAAAUCACAGCAAGAAUGGAAUGGGAAUUACUGUGGCAUUUGGUACCAAUGAAGAGGGGGAGAUUCCCUCCCUCAAAGCAAAUGCCACCUUCAGAGGAGAGGUUUUCCUAAGGGUUCAACGCCCUCUGCCAGCUGCAAUCCCAGUAAUUAGCAGCAACACCCCCCCAACUGAUGCUAUUUGCAUUCUUCAAAACCUGCAGUUAGAUGCAUUUGAUGUCGCACCUAGUUUGACCCUUUGUGUCUUGCAGAAAGUGCUUAGACCUUGACAAAGCCAAACUCUUACUUGGGAAAUAUUUUUAAUGGGGAGGGAAAGGGGCUCUUUUUAGCCCUGUCUGAAAAGCAACCAUUCUUCGUGGGAGGAAGCAAGAGCUUUCAAUCCAAGUGCUUAAAAGCCUAUGCGAAAGUAUUAAUAUAUAUACAUACAUGCGUACAUAUAUAUAUAUUAUAUUAUUUGCCUAAUGAAUAAUAAGCACAGGUUUUUUUAAAAAAAAUGGUGAAGCAAAUCACC